GCUCAUCUGUCCACUAGAUGGCGCUGUAGGGUUGUGGGGGGAGUUUGCUCUUGGCACAGUUUUUAGACGUUAGCUUCAUCUUUGCUCUGCUGGCCCUGGGAUUGAAAAGAGAGGAAUUAAACCUGUCUGUCAAAUAUGGCGGUGAACACAAGCACGUCCCUGGUGUUGUCCAGUCUGCUGUCAGUGCUGGUGUUUGCAGGAAUGCAGAUGUUCAGUCGGCAGCUGGCCUCUUCAGAAUGGCUGACUAUCCUGGGGGGCUUCCUGGGAUCUGUGCUGUUUGUCUGCUCUCUUACUGCUUUCGGUAACCUGGAGAACCUUGUCUUUGGCAAAGGCUUUCAAGCCAAAAUCUUCCCAGAGAUUGUCUCGUGCCUGUGCCUCUCUCUGUUCGCAUCUGGUUUGGUGCAUCGUGUGUGUGUGACAACAUGCCUGAUCUUCUCUGUCCUUGCACUUUACUACAUCAACAAAGUGUCAGCCGCUCUUUACCAGGCUGCACCUGCUCCAACUCCUGCCAAACCCACCAGCAAGGGCAAAAGGAAGAACUGAAGUGCUUAACUCAUCCUGUUAUUAUCACAAUCACCCAUUCAGCUUCCAGAUCGCAGUAUGCUGAAGCGACAAAAUCUGAUGUUUGCCAACAGAAGACCUUUUUUUAUCCAUUCCAUUCACACUGGAAGAUAACUAAACACAUUUGCUCAUACCAGAUUUUUGGUUCUGUUUACAAUGUUUUGUUUAAGGGGUUUAUUAUUAAAAGUUAAUGAAAGAA